UGCUUUGCAUAGACCCCUUCAGGCCCAGAGCAGCUGCUCAGGGUUUAUAAAAGAGGCCUUUGCCAUGGGAGCUGAGCUGCAGCAGGCGGGCAGGGGCAGCAAGAUGGUGUCACAGACGCAGGUCCUCACGUUCUUGUUGCUCUGGGUCACAGGUGCCUGUGGGGACAUCGUGAUGACCCAGUCUCCAGCCUCCUUGGCUGUGUCUCCAGGACAGAGGGUCACCAUUAACUGCAGGGCCAGUCAGAGUGUUAGCAGCUACGUAGCCUGGUACCAGCAGAAGCCUGGGCAGGCUCCAAAACUGCUCAUCUACUCGGCAUCCACCCGUGCAUCUGGGGUCCCCGACCGGUUCAGUGGCAGUGGGUCUGGGACAGAUUUCACUUUCACUAUCAGCAGUGCACAGGCUGAGGAUAUGGCAACUUAUUACUGUCAACAGCGUAAUAGCUAUCCUCCCACAGUGCUUCAGCCUCGAACACAAACCCCAGGGUUAUGGGCCAGUGCAUCCCUGCUGGGCCAGCUGUUACCUCCCCACACAGCUUUGAAAUCACACACAUCCCCAUAUCUGCCUGAGAGGUCACACCUCCUAACUUAUUCCUGGCAGUUGAGAGCCCGGGCCCCUGUGAGGUACAGGCAGCUCUCCUGUGAGGACCCAGAGCAGUUCUGGGAGGCUCAGGCCGGCCGAGGGUCCCUGCGCCUGUGCAAGGUGGGGCCCUUCAUCCCAGAUCCUCCUUUCCACAGGGAUGUGUCAGAAGGUGUAUGGCUGUGA